AUGUAUUUAUAUUCUCGUCUACCAAUAGUGUCUCUACUACUGUCAACGACAUCAGCACAGUAUGUUCUCGAGGACGACUACUCCGUGUCUUCGUUCGCUAGCCUGUUCGAGUUCUUCACCGGAGACGACCCAACACACGGCUACGUCAACUACCUUUCACAGGACGCCAGCGAAGCCGCUGGACUAUACAAGGCCGACGGCGCCUCGGUGAAGCUGGGCGUGGACUCCAACAAUGUCGCUACCGGUCGAGGACGUGAUAGCGUUCGCGUUGAAAGUCUGAAAAGAUACAACAGUGGCCUCUUCAUCUUAGAUGCCUCUCAUAUGCCCGAAGGCUGCGGCACAUGGCCUGCCUUCUGGUUGUAUGGUCCAAAUUGGCCAAGUGGCGGUGAGGUAGACAUCGUCGAGGGAGUCAACUCCCAAGCUACUACCUCCUUUGCCACUCACACCGGUCCCGGAUGCUCCAUUUCGAGCUCGGGUUUCACUGCGGCUCUGAGUACCUCCAACUGCGACAUCAACGCUCCUGGACAAGGCACUAACGUCGGGUGUGCCAUGGCCUCAAGCGACACGAGGACCUAUGGUGCUGGGUUCAAUGCCAACGGCGGAGGGGUCUUUGCUACAGAAUGGACCGGCGAAGCCAUCAAAAUCUGGUUCUUUCCCCGAGGAAGUAUCCCGUCAGACGUCUCCAGCGGCACGCCAUCACCAUCGGCCUGGGGCCUCCCUCAAGCCAAGUUCUCCGCACCCUGUGAGAUCGAUCAACACUUCUCAGACCAGCGAAUCGUACUCAACACUGCUUUGUGCGGUGAUUGGGCAGGCGCGGUGUGGGGUGCUGACUCGACCUGCUCCUCCAAGGCCAGUACAUGCCAGGAAUUUGUGCAGAACAAUCCCACCGCGUUCGACAACGCUUACUGGUCCAUCACCUCGCUGAAGGUCUACCAGCAAGGUGGUCCAGCAGCCAGCCCAUCGACUCCUGUCAGUUCUGCCACAUUUGUGCCGACGACGCUCUCGACGCAGACAGUCACCUUCGACACUGCAACACCCGCCUUCCCGCCGCCUCUUAUACAGACGACCAUCCUUCCGUCGCCGACCUCCACAUCGCUCGUGCCGCCACCGUUCACCUCGACCACAGGCCUGGCGACAACAGCGCAGACGACAUCUAGCACUACUCCCGUCACCUCGUCGUUCUCAACCCCCUUUGAGCCAGGCGUCCCCUCCACAUUCACCACCAGUACACUCAGCGCGCCAGGCGAGUCUAGUGACCUUCUGGAGGCCCCUCCCACGCCAGUAUCCGCCCACCCCACGGAGGUCUCUACACUCCCUGGGGCCUGGGCUCCUACUGGAAUCCCCAGCGGCCCAAGGGUCCAAUCCUGGGGCGACUACAGCGGCGGCGAAGGAGGAGGUGGAGGUCGCUGGGGACUGAGGAACGGAGGACAUUGGCCGCGAGCGAACUCGGGGGGUCUUUUUGGUCUUGAUUUUGAAAAGCGAUGA